AUGGUGACCAAAGUCCCGGAUGGUAAGCCCUUGGUGGAGGUAGCACCUCCACCCUAUGAUAGGAGUGACGAGACUGGAGGCGCAAUUGUGGAGGAUGAGCAAAAGUUUCAGUUCCAAGAGAAUAGGAAACUUGGAGUCACCAGUGCCGUGUUCCUGAUCUUAAAUAAGAUGAUCGGAACGGGAAUCUUCUCAACCCCAUCGUCUAUCUUCGCUGCUACCGGCUCCGUAGGCAUCUGUAUCUUCCUUUGGAUUAUCGGCGGCCUCAUCACCUUCUGCGGUCUGUCAGUGUAUCUCGAAUUCGGGUUGCAGAUCCCCCUCUCCGGAGGAGAGAAGAACUAUUUGGAACGUGUUUAUCGGCGCCCGAAGUUUCUCACGACAUGCAUAUUUCUGUCGCAAAUGAUCCUGCUCGGAUUUUCUUCCGGAAACUCUCUAGCUUUCGGUCGGUACGUCCUCUAUGCCUCCGGCAGCGACGCUCCGGACGGCUGGGCCGCAAGAGGAAUCGCUAUCGGGUGCAUCACCUUUGCGGUAGUGUUGCACUCUACCCUCCCCAAAUGGGGGAUGCGACUGUUCGAUGUCCUUGGCGUUUUCAAGGUCGUCAUCCUAAUCUUCAUCGUCUUCUCCGGGUUUGCGGCCUUGGCUGGCCAUCGCCGCGUUCCUAACCCGCACAAUUUCGACAACGCGUUCCAUCAAGAGACGGGUCCGGAGUACAGCGACCACGGAGCCUACGCAUACGCCAAUGCGUUGCUGAACAUUGUUUACUCAUAUAAGGGCUGGGAGAAUGCCAAUUAUGUCUUGGGCGAGCUCCGACACCCGAGGAAAACUCUCAAAAUUGCCGCUCCACUUGCAGUCGGCGGCGUCACUAUUCUCUACGUCCUUGCCAACGUUGCAUACUUUGCGGCAAUCCCUAAGACUGAUCUUGCGACUUCGGAAGUCAUUGUUGCCGGCCUGUUCUUCAAAAACGUCUUUGGAGACAGCGCAGGCGCCAGAAGUCUGCCGGCAUUUGUGGCGCUGAGCAAUAUUGGAAAUGUCUUGGCUGUCAGUUUUGCUCACUCUCGAGUCAAUCAAGAAUUUGCCAAAGAGGGAUUGCUGCCAUUGAGCAAAUUAUGGGCGUCGAACAAGCCGUUCAAUGCACCUGCUGCUUCGCUCUUCCUUCACUGGAUCGUGACGGUUAUCGUCCUAGUUGCACCGCCAGCUGGUCCUGCUUACAACUUCAUUGUCAACCUGUACACGUACCCUGGCGCCUGGAUCAACACGUUUGUGGCUGGUGGCCUCAUCUACCUCCAUUAUUCCAAGACGGAGAAUUGGACAUCUCCCUUCCACUCCUAUCUCCCAUUCAUCCUAAUCUUCCUUCUAUCCAAUGCGUUCCUGGCCAUUGUCCCUUUCAUUCCACCGAAGGGGGUUUCCGACCCCGAUGGAUAUCCGUUCUUCGCCUUCCCGGUCGUUGGCGUAGGCGUCCUUCUCCUCGGAGUGGUAUACUGGCUGCUGUGGGUGAAACUCAUCCCGAGAUGGCGAGGAUACAAGAUCGUCGGAGAGCGGAUAGUGCUGGACGAUGGGGGAGAGAUGGUCCGGUACAAGCGGGAGUUCAUCAAGUGA